GACUUAAUCGAUAUCUGCAAUGCUUUGGCUUGGCAACUCUAGUUAACAGUUAGCUGGAUUCAUUAGUUCGAAGCAUGGCCGCCGCGCUUUUUACGAAUCAUAUUAGUGAAUUCUUGUGAAAUAUUCAUACAGCAAAAACUUUUUACUGCAAAAUCACAAGCAUUUAUUCAGCAUGGACGAUCGCGGAGUGUUGAGCCUUGUGAAGAAGGUAGUCCACUCGCUGGUGGUGUCCUCACCAGAAAAAAUGACCAUCGAGAAGCUGAUGCGGGAUUACCGCAGCGAAGAGGGCUGUAGUUUGCCCUACAGGGAGCUGGGAUUCAAAGACGCCGAUUCCUUCCUCCGAUCCAUUCCGGAUACGGUAAAGUUGAUGGGCCAUGGACCAAUGGCAUUGAUAACUCCAGUAGCCACUGCCAAAUCGGCGCACAUUCAGAAACUAGUCCAUGACCAAAAGAAGUCCAGGAGUCGAGGCUCUCACAAACCCAAGUAUUGCUACGCCUCCGAGCGAUCCGAUCUGGUCUUUAUUAACGAAAUUGUCCGUAAAAUGAAUAACAGAAACAUGCCGCCUCGAACUUAUCAGAGGCUCAGCAAUCUCAAUCUUCCUGUUUCGUAUCCCAACUAUAAUCGACUGAUAUAUCCCGUCUACGCCAAUAUAAACGAAAUAAUCUGCGCCGGACUGCAGCAGAGUACCUUUAGACCCCAAAGGCCAAGCUUUUCCUAUAAAGACAAAUCUGAGCCGUUAAGAGUUAAUAAUUGGUCGCAGAACGGCCUGAAACCGGAGCCCCUAAAAGACCACAUCCACCAGUCACAAGAUGAUUCAAAGAGUGGCUCUACUGAGAAUAAGCAAGUCGAGCCUGCUCAGGAAUUAGAGGAAGAAAACCAAGCAUUGGCCCAAGCGUUUGAAAACCAAUCUGUGGAUGUUGCUCCCAUUGGAUACCAAGAGAAGCCAGAGUACGAGGUAUAUGAGGCUGAUGAAGAGGAACUUGUAAGGAACCUCUUCACCUCUGAUGAGGUUAAAGAUCCAGAGAAGGAAGAUGAAGCGAUGGUGCCCGUUUCCAAGUCCACAAUUCAAAAGAUUGCUGUCAAGCCUCUGGAACGCCAGAAGUAUGUCUUUGACUACGUGUCCUCUGACGAUGGGGAAGAUGAAAGUGCCAUUCCAUCUAAUGCUGUGGACGAUCGAGUUCUAGGCGUUGACUAUCCUACGGAUUCGGUUCGUUCUGAUUUCACACUGCCUGUUCGCGAUAUUGAGUCCGUUAUCGAGUUACAGCAGCGUAUUGAGGUGCAGUUGGUGAGUUUGGUCAAUCCACACAACUUCAGUUUCUGGAUAUACAACGAAGAGUUUAAUGACUACAAGGCACUGUAUGCCAAUAUGCAGAUGUUUUAUGAAAGUCAUGACACGGAUAAAUACACAAUGCCAAUGAGUUUGAUAAAUACGGAUCAUCUCUGUGUGGUGCGCUCCAGCUGCACGAGAGCCUGGGAAAGAGCCAAAGUAGUAGGCUACCAGCCCAGUAACAGGGGAAUGACGAUCGAGGUAGAACUGGUUGACAAAGGGGACAUAAUCUGCGUGAGCCACCAGCAUGUCAAGUUCCUGCUAAAGCAGUUUGCGUCGCUGCCACCGCAAUGUUUGGCCGGGCGAUUGGCCUUUAUAACGCAAUGGAAGGCUCCAAACUGGCCGGCAGAAGCUGUCAACUGCUUCUACAAGAUGGUAUCCUUUCGCAGACUUUACGCCAAGGUAGAAGCUAUUAAGAACAAUAUUGCCUAUCUUGUGCUAGUGGAUCCGGAAACACAUGCACACGCUGUCAAUUUAAAUAGGUCGCUCAUAGACUCCGGUUGGGUGCGUCGCUGCAUAAGUGCAUAGACUUUUAUCAUAUUG